GUUGUACUUCAACCAUACAUCACUGUUUUAACAAUCGACUUUUCCUGCACCACUGACAGUCUGCUGGUUCAUUUGCCUUCAAGUACAGUUAUGGCAGAUAUCAGCAGAACUGAAAAGCUUCAGCUGCACGCCCCAGAUUUAGAGGAACUGCGUGGUGUAUUACAAGCAGGACUGGAGGACAACUUUGCUGAAGUUCAGGUGAGUGUUGUGGAGUGCCCAGAUCUCACCAAAGAGCCCUUCCAGUUUCCUGUCAAAGGCUUGUGUGGAAAUCCUCGCAUCACUGAUGUCGGUGGUGUGCCGUACCUCGUCCCCUUGGUUCAGAAACACAAGGAAUACAACAUGAACACCAUCUCAAAGGAGCUGGAGCUGCCAGGAGCCUUCAUCCUCGGGGCCGCAGGUGCUCCCUCCAGAAUUGUUGGAAUGAAUGCAGAGCUGAUGCCUCUGGUUCUCACUGAAGCGGAGGGAAGGCCUGCAGUGAACAGCAGCUACUUCUCCUCCAUCAAUCCAGCCAAUGGCCAGUGUCUGCAAGAAAAAUACAGUGACAAAUUCUCUGACUGCAACUUUGGACUGCUGGGCAAUCUGUACGCUUGUGAAGGGAAGUCUGGAAAGGUCAUAGAGGUGCGGGCCAAGAAGAGAACAGGAGGCCACAGUCUUGUGACGGCCUUGAGGAACACCCUUGAAGGUCACUACCCUGAUAAAAGCCUGGCUCUGGGUGGCACGUUCAUCAUUCAGAAAGGGAAAGCUAAAAUCCACAUCAUGCCAAGAGAGUUCUCGGUCUGCCCCCUCAACACCAAUGAUGAAGUCAACAACUGGCUCAAGCACUUUGAGGUCAGCGCCCCACUCAUCUGCCAGUCAGUGCUGGUAUCCAGAGACCCUGGUUUGGACCUGCGCGUGGAGCACACCCACUGCUUCAGCCACCACGGAGAAGGUGGCCACUACUACAUAGACACCACACCUGACCAGGUGGAGUACCUGGGCUACUUCGUGCCUGCAGAGUUUGUCUACCGCAUCGACAGGCCCAAAGAGACGCAUGGAGUUGGACGAGACUGAAACUAAAAUUUUACAAUGAAAAUGAUAACUUUGCAUCAUUUAUGUGGAUCUUUGCUCUUAAAUCACAUCUCUAAAAGGUCUACAUUUCUUAUAAACAAAAUCACUACAUUUCAUGUAAUAAAAACAAUAUUGAAUUUC